CAGAGAGCAUCUCGGAGAGCUGGCCCUCACGUGACGUCGUCAUUUGUGAUCCUUGACAUGGAGGCCAUAUAUGGGCAGAGGAAGCUGAAGAGAGAGGUCGAGAAGCACAAGCUUUUUGAAGACUAUCUGAUUAAGGUCCUUGAGAUAAUCCCUAAGGGCCACAAUGAAGGGGAGAAAACAGAGGAGCCAGAGGUGGUCCUGGUGGAGACCAUGGUGGAGCACUAUGGGCAGCUCUUCACAAUCAGCCAGGACAUCCAGAAGCAUCUGGAAGCCUUCUCCGAGAUGAGCCAGGUCUUCCACCAGAGGCUGGAGUCUCUAGAGGAGAGCCACAGGGCUCUUAUCCCGAGCCUCAAGAUUCGGCUGUGUCAGCUGCAAAAGCGAUGUCAUCACGAGCAGAAGCAGUGGGGGCAGUUGGGACACCGUGUCACCUCCCAGAAGGACAUGGACAGCUAUAAUAUGGGAAGCAAGGCUGCCACCGCUGGCCACAGCCCUGAAGACCUGAAGUCUAGGACUCCGGUGCCGCCCAGAGUGAGGAGCUCCAGGUUCCUCCAAGACCCUUCCCAGGCCCUGCCCCAGAACCAGCUGCUCGACUACCUGCAAAUGGCCAUCAACAACAUGGUCCAGCAGUGCUCCCCCUCUGCCCACAGCACGCCCAAGAGCAUGGGCCUCUUCUCUAAACUUGACCUGAUUCAGGGCUGAAUAAUGUUCCACUGUGUGGACCAGUGGAUCAGUUGAUGAACAUCUGGGUUGUUUCCGGGUUUUUUGGCUGUUGUGAAGAAUGCUGCCAUGAACAUGCACAUACGGGUUUUAGUGCGGACAUAAAUGUUCAGUUAUCUUGGCUAGAUACCACUGAGAGGAAUUGCUGAAUCAUGUGGUAAUUAUAUAUUUAACAUUCUGAGGAACUGCCAAACUGUUUUUCAGAGUGGCUGCAUGAUUUCACAAUCCCAUGAUCAAUGUGUGAGGGUUCCAAUUUCUCCACAUCCUGUCCACACUUGGUAUUGUCUGUCUUUCAUAAUUCAGCCAUCCCAGGGGGUGUGAAGUCGUAUCUCACUAUGGUUUCACUCUGCGUUUCCCUGGUGACUAACGACAUUGAGCAUCUUUCAUGUGCUUAUUGGCUAUUCGUAUCUCUUCUUUGAAGAAAUGUCUAUUCAAAUCCUUUGUCCACUUUUAAAUUGGAUUAUUUGGAGUUUUUUUAAUUGUUGCAUUCUAAGAUAUAUUCUAGAUAGAAGUCCCUUAUCAGAUAUAUGUGUUUGCAAAUAUUUUCUCCCCUUCUGUGGGUUGUCUUUUCAUUUGAUUGUGUCCUUUAAAGAACAAGAGCUUUUAGUUUUGAUGAAA